AUGUUCUCCUCUGAUGGUGGCAGCAUUCGAACUCAAAAAAUGCAGCAUCCUCACGUUAAUACCAACCUGAAGAUUACUACAAUAACGGAGGGACACACCUUUACCUGUCACCGACUGCUUCCUCCUUCUGCUAAGAAGCUAAAGCAGUCGUUGGAUAAAGCGAUUGAGGUAGAGGGAGGAGGAUUUAUCGAAAAUGCAAACAAACUGGAUGCAUCAGAUGAAAAGAGUUCCGGUUUUGAGGAGGGAAUGACGCACUUCACAACCUACUUUUCUGCCAAUCUGAGCAAUGGUGUCUGUCUAGCACGUACUUUUGACACUGGCAAUACAUCACCGGAAGCGGUCAAAGAUCCCUCAACAGCUGACUUUGAAAAAUCACAGGAGGCUUCGGGACCUAUAAUUGAACAGCACUUCAAAUUGAAUCUCAGCACGCCCGAGGGCUGUCAAAUGGAAUAUUCAGCUCUCCGACACAAGAACGUUGAGAAUGAUGAUGGUCUACAUCCCAGUGGUGUCCUUAGUACAUCAGCGAUGUUGGAGAUGUCGAAAAUGAGCGCUGAAUCUUCACCAUCAGUUCGGUCUUCUGUCAGACCGUCAGUGUACCACGAUAAGACCAUCGAGUUGUGCGGAGAUAACACUGUUGACAGGAGGUCCUCUGACGCGGAAAGAGAAGUCAAACGCAUCCUUCUUGGCAACGGUGUCGUCAUCCAGUUGUUGGAAAAAGUUGGUUUUGAGUCAUCCACUGGUGUCCGGAUCCUCUUUCCGGAUGGAAGUGUUGCAGAGACCGAAACGGUGCGCGCAGCACUAUACUUCUGCGAGAAUCCUCCAAAGUUCCCUGAAUUCACGAACACUCCGUUUGAGUCGUACACCAGCCACUUAAGCAUACCUCCCGUCAGUUCGGAAGCCAAUCCCGCAGAAACCCAUCGCAGAGCCUCUAGGAAGCAGUCUAACUGUGCUCUUAGUGUACGCCAAGCACAGAAGGUUUUGCAUAUUAUGCGACUUUUCGUCCUCCUUGCCCUUUCAGGCCGAUUGCCAUCAUCGACGUUUCUGGCGGAGGAUCCGGUGCCGAUGCAGACAAAGCUGCCUCGUAGUCUGGAGUCAAAGUUACCCCUAUGGCUGUUGACCCUUCAUUCGGGGGAGCGGUUCUGGGCCAAACUGGCCACCGGACCCCUGCCCAACCGAGAGGACUCGCAGGAUAAGACCACUGACCAAAGUAGCCAGGACGUCACUAGCACGAGUACCUGCAGACCGGCUGCGACCAAGUGGUUAAUAGAUGGCUGCACUUGCUUCCAUGUCCGACGCAUGUUCGAUCCCUCCACCGGACAGACCCUCUGCACCCGUUUCGUGGAUGAUCUUUUACGCGUGGAAAAGGGUCCCGAAGGGCGUGAGGGCGUCACGGUACAGCAUCUGGACGGAACCCGUCAGACCACCCUAUACUACACGAACGGCGAGGAUUCCAACUGUCAGGAAAAGAGCAGAUUCGUGCGGGUCGAAUGCCCUGGAUUCCCCGCGGUCGUCAUUAACCCGGCGAGGAACGAAAUGAAAGUUCUACUGGUCAGUGCUGAAGGCACCAGAGCUCUCGCCUUUGCAGACCCCCAAGGCUACUUCGCCUACAGGUGUGGAGAUAAGAGCGAGGUGCAGUUCCACCACAAUGGGAACGUCGUAUACAUGACACACGGAACCACCACCUCCGCAGAAAAUCACAUUUCCAAUUACGUAUUCUCGUUCCUCAAGUCGGAGAAUUUGCUCGAAGUGACUGAUUCUGAGAAUAACACAUUCUCGGUUGACAAUUUUGGCAAUUGUAAUGCUCUGUUGGAUGAUAAGGGGCAGUUCGUGGAGGCAGAUGCGCACCAAGGGCAAGGUGGCGUGACUCCACCCCUCUAUAAGGACGUUGUUAAUCGCCACCCGCAGGCCUUCCACUUCUUUUCAGUCUCUGCUGACGGGCAGACCAUCAUCGAGCAUAUCAGCCCAUACGAAUCCGCACGCUUACGCCGGGAUGCAGGGGAUUUUUUUACAGAGUUGUCCAGCAAGACCGUGGGAUUGCCUGAAAUAUCAGCAUCAGACUUCUCUUCCGAGAGUUGCGAUGCAUUUGCAAAUGAUUCUUUUGCAUCUGGGGCAGUAGCCAGAACUACUUUGAACUGCGCCAAAAUUCCUUUCUUGGUCAUCAUAAGUGCCUCAAGUUAUAAGUGUUGCUUUAUAAAUGUUUUUAUCAAACAGGCCAGUAAUUCAAAGAGUGUAAUAUCCGAGUGUAAUAUUCUUCCAAAAAUGCACUUUCUCCCUGAAGAAGUAUAA